AUGAUCAUCUCCCCCAAUCAUGUUCCACCAUUUCCAAAGGCUGACCUCGUCAUUCUAGUGAAUCCCAAUCAAUGGGGUAUUACUGAAGAUUAUACCGGCCCUGGUGCUCUGUGUAUGAAUGUCACGACGUUCGACAAUGGCACAUAUCCAACAAACACCACCGCCCCGGCAUGGUCUAUCACAUGGGCGUUCCCGCCUGGCCCGGAAACUCAGCCAGUUCAUGCUUUCCCCAACAUCAAAUUGGACACCAAGCAUGUCUUUCCCAUUCAAAUCCAGAACGUUGCACGCAUCGAUUUCCAAGCCGACUGGGCCUACGGAGUGGGGGACGAGAAACCGUCCACCACCAAUGUAGCGGACCUUUCAGCUGACGACCUGAACUCCAACGUGGCCAUUGAUAUGUUUUUGGACCCCGACCCGACCAAUGCCACAAGCACCGUGGAUGCCAAAUACGAAGUCAUGAUCUGGCUGGGCGCUUUUGGUGCCGCCACACAGCCCAUUGGACUGAAGCAAGGCGCCGUGGCCACGCAAGAUGUCAAUGGCACCACGUUUUCCCUCUACUUUGGUGAGAACGGCCUGGGUCAAAGCGUCUUGACUUGGGUUGCCGAUGGUACAGUCCAGAACUUUGUCGCCGACGUUGGACCAUUACUUCAAGGCCUGACCGGCUUGGGAGGUCCGACUGUGAAUGAUUACCUUGGCUACAUGGCCUUUGGUUCGGAAGCGCUCAGUGCCACUUCGAACGUCACCUUCUACAAUCCUACCCUUAACAUGGAUGUGAUUUCCAAAUGA